CAAGCACACCACAUCCUUGGCGCAUAAUUAGACCGCAUUCCCCCAACCCACUUCACUUGCACCCGAUCGCUUUGCGGCGGUGCUUCCUCGUCGUUUGUGCGGUUCUCUACCUACGCGUUUGAAAGAUGUCCUUCUACAGGGGAACCGCCUCGCAUCCGUGGCACGACCUGCACCCGGGCAACGACGCCCCGAACUUCGUGUCCUGCGUGAUUGAAAUCCCUCGCGGUUCCAAGGUCAAGUAUGAGCUGGACAAGGACACCGGUCUGUGCUUCGUGGACCGCAUCCUGUACUCGUCGGUGGUCUACCCCCACAAUUACGGCUUUGUGCCGAAGACUCUGUGCGAGGACGGCGACCCGCUGGACGUGCUGGUGCUGAUGCAGGAGCCUGUUGUGCCUAUGUGCUUCCUGCGGGCCAAGCCCAUCGGUGUCAUGCAGAUGCUUGACCAGGGCGAGCGCGACGACAAGCUGAUUGCCGUUCACGCCGACGACCCGGAGUACAAGGGCUUCACCGACAUCAGCCAGCUGCCUCCUCACCGCCUGGCCGAGAUCAAGCGGUUCUUCGAGGACUACAAGAAGAACGAGCACAAGGAGGUGGUCGUGGACGACUUCCUGGGUGCUGAGGAGGCCAAGAAGGUGGUCAAGGACUCGCUGAACAUGUACCAGGAGCACUACGUGCCCCGCAAGCUGCGCAACGUGUACGAGUAAAGUAUCGAUGCGGAUGCGCCCGGGCUUAUGGAGUUUCAGGAGCUCAUGAGACGGCACGCGCGCGCCUCCUGGACGGGACAGGCUCGCGGUUGCCUUUGACGCCGCUUGCAGCCAUGCUCUCUUGGACCGUGGGCGCGUGUUGGUUCGAUGGCGAGGUGGUUAGGCCGGGCUGCGGGUGCUCCUAUGGACGCCCAUGGCUUGAUUAGAUGGGUGGUUGCGGCGAGCUGCGGCCUCAAUAGUGUGCUCGAAGCUUGUCUAGGUAGAUGGCGUGGUGCCUGAUGACCUAGUAGUGACGGUGACAUCUUACGAAGCGGCGGGAAGACCGGUUGAGACAGCUUUGUCGGCCGCGCAGCUGUGGUUGAGCCUAGCCGUACGUCGGGCGGCGGGCUAGCACGCCGCGAGCCGUAGGUGCAGUCAGAUAGUGACAGUGGUGAAUACAGCCGGCGCAUUCGCACAAAUAUGGCGGAGGCUCACGAUGGCAGUGAGGCGAUACUAAUUUAUGUGGCUACGCAACGCGCGGCCAGGGUUGCUUUGCAUACGGUCAAGGCGGCAUGCAGGGUCCAAAGUACCCCGCAUUUGGAGACGUGUAACUCAGUUACAGAAUGAAUACGUCGUUGCUCUGUGUGGGAAUGCGGCGAUGGUUGGGUCCCUCCUUAUUGGGUCUCGGGGAUGGUAGCCCAUGCCCGGCGGUGCAGGGAUUGGCCCACUGUGCCUCAGCCCUUGUAUGCCGCCAUCUGGUUCACUUUCAUACCACUGUAGCGAUUGUAUACUGUUUUGCAACAUUUUGCAACAUACACGCGGCGUGAUACACACGACCGCUUGUUCCCAUUACCCAAACAUUGCUUGCUGAGCAGCGCCUUGCGGCCUUGCCGGACCGUUUGCGCACGAUUGGCGCUGAUGUGUAGCGUUCAAUACGA